AAUAAAAUAAUUCAGACUAUAGGUGUAAACUGACUAUUCAGUGUACCAUGACAGAGGUGCCAGCUGAUGGCCCUACUUGGACAGGUGUGCUGAGCGCUUACCACGUCAACCAGCAGCUUCACGCCCACUGUCAGGUGUUCGGCUCUCGCCCGCCUGCUGUGUUUACCUUCUUCCUCAAUGAUCACCGGAUUACGGAUGAAGAUGGCUGGGUCAUGAAACACAAACCGAGUAGAAAUACAAGAGAUAUGAUAUGGAACUCAUCUUCAACUCUCUCCAUUCACUUAAACUCUGAGAGUAUAAAGACCUUAUUCCCCAAAUCACUCCCACAGUAUCAUUCUUACAUCUUACAAGAAACGAGAAGAAAUAUGUCUAGCGGUAACCCUAAGUCCAAUAUACAUUACCGUUUACAAUGGCAGGAACCUUAUUCAUCUCACGAUGCAGCGCCCUAUAGUAAUAAUCCCUUUACACCUCCCUACACACACACCCAUUCUGAAAGACGAUCAGCCCAUGAAUCCUUAUAUUCUUUGUCCUCGAUAUCACCAAUAGCUUCUUCAUAUUCCCGCCCCUCUAGUGUUGCUCGAGAUCUCUAUUCCUCGCUACCAUCUAAAAACCAGAAGAUCAAUUUGACUUGUGUUGCAAAUAUUGGAGGCCUCUCCUUGAAGACUUCAACUUGGACGCUCUUAUCUUUUCCCACAGAGCUGCAUUUCAGCAGUAAAUCAAGAUUAUCAGAAAAUUCAGGUCCCACACUGGCUCCAUCACCAUGUCUGCAGGCGAUCACAGUUCUGUGCUUAACAGUGAAUGCCGGUUUUAAAGGCUUCCUCUUGAACCUUGCCAGAUAUGACUGACUGACUAAUACAAAGGAAUUGCACUAUAAAGGUUUCACCCCUAUCCUAACACUAACGAAGUACACUGCAGUAUCUCUCAGAGAACCACAGGUCCAAGGGUGAUUCAGCUUCAAGAUGCAAGAAAAAGGAGAUGGCAUUUUCCUCAGUUAAUGUCCUUUUCUGGUAAUGUUUGUAUUACGCCCAAGGAUGUGUUUCUAUAUUGCACAUGUAAAACAUCUCUGUAUUUAUGCAUACUAUAACUUCAUAUUCUUCUCACUAAUUCAGACCAAUCUUUCCACAAGUCAAACUUGUAAAAUUCAUCAAGAACUAUGAUAGGAGGCUCCUUACAGUCUUAUAGUUUCAUAUCUUAUAUUAUGAAGCAGCAAGGUGACCAACUCUACUGUAAUUACCUGUAAGGUUUAACAGUGUAAUCACAAACAUUUAGAAAAAAUAAUGUAAAUGAUUUAUUUCAUUUUCAUAAAAAUAACCACCCAAACACUUCACAUUUAAUAAUACAAUUAGUAUACAUACUGUAGUUACAUUAGCUAUAUUAAAACUUAGGGAACCUUAGCCUACGACAAGUAUUGCACAGAAAAUUUUUAAAAGUUUAAGACUUCAGAGGUGAUAUUAAAAAUUAUACAGUGGUCCCUCCAUUAACAAGUGAUUCAAUUUACGAGAUUUCGGUUAACGAAUUAGCUCCCAUAAGGAUUUUCAGUUCUAUUAACGAGUACAACUUCUAUUAACUACAGCCUUACGAGAAACACGCUUUGGUUUGCGCAUCAGCUGAUUGGCUAGUCUGCCAAUACAGUAAUCGGUUCUAUGUUUACAUUUGU